CACGGCGCCGCCGCACACACACGUAUAUUAAUACACAGUACGACUGUAGUGAUGAUCACCGGGCGGCAUAGUACGGCAGCCGCCCUUUAGCACUUGCUGUGUCCGGGCUUUGUUCAGCGCCGAGGCAGCGAUGCAGAAGUCUGCUUUCAACAGCAUGACUAUAGUUAGCGUUUCGAGGCUGGUGUGCUGAUGCCGGAAACGAGCAUGGCAACCGCAUGCUUCACACAGCGUGCGCUACGUUAGAAGGACGCUGAGGGUUUUGUCUGCUGUUCGGACAACGUGGUUAACUAGUGUGUGUGUGUGUACGUUGUGUGUCAGUGUGUGGUGCGACUGCGGUGGUCAAGUGGCCACCACACGUGCAUAAUACCCGUACGCAUCUGUCGGCAUGAGCCUCGACGUACUGCUGCAAGCGGCUCGCUACAUCGAUCAUAAUGAUACGGGCGCCAACGUCUGCCAAUCGGAGACGCCUUCCGCUGACCAGAUCGCCGCCGGAACCGUGCUCGAUCGUGAAAAAGGAAAUAUAACGAAGGCAUCGUCAUCAAACAGCAUUUCAUGUACGAGCGGGGACAAUUCAGAUGGCAGCGGACAGCUGGAUAGCGACUCCAACACAUCCAAAGAGUCUGAGUGCGCAAAAAAGCGGCCAACAAAGCGAAAAGUACCACCAUCCAUGUCACGCGAGAAGGAAAAAGCCAAGAGAGGUGGCAUCAAACCAAACACGGAAAACCGAAGCGUUCACAAUGUGCUGGAGAAAAAUCGGAGGGCGCAUCUGAAGGACUGCUUUGAAUCGCUGAAGCACGAAGUUAUGGAAACCGAUGACGAGAAAAAAGCGUCACAUUUGGCUGUGCUUAAAAGUGCCGUCCGCUGCAUACAGCAACUCCAAAAACAAAGCGAGCAACUGCAGCGGGACCACGAGCGGGUUCUAAAGGAGAAGACUUCAUCACAGCAGCGCUUUAUCGACCUGAAACGUGAGGUGAUGGCAAACAAUCCCUGCUUUGAUGUUCUGGCGUAUUUGCACAGUAACGAGGACGAUGCAGACAGUCAGGCCACCUGCACUGCGCCGGGCUCUCCAGCACCGUUAUACAAACCCUCAGACGAUAGGUCACACACCUCGUCCCAGCAGCCGGAACAGAGCAGUACAUCGCGGUCCACCGCGCCGGUAAGCCCGUCACGACGCAGCGCUGGGUCGAGUUCCCCGCCUGAACGCAGCAACGAUUCUAACGCGACACGGAAGAAAUCGCGUGACCCUGACAGUAGCGAUAGCCCUGCCAAGUCCCGUCGGCCGCCCAUAAAGUCGGUAACGGAAAUCCUACGGGAAACCAGUUCCGAACCGACAGCCAGCACACCGGCUUCUCCACCGGUGAAGAGUCCAGCCAGUGCAGAAGGGAAAAAAGUACUGCCGAUUAAACUGCGCAUCUUACAAGAUCAGCAGGAUGGAAUGUUUCUGGACCGAACCAAAGCAUCGCCGGUGCUGUCGCCAAUCUCUCCCGCUCUGGAGACGCACCUCUCUCCAUCGGUUCAAGAAAACUGUGGAUUAAAUGGUCUCUCGAAAAUUGCGGUUCCGUAUACGGAAAACAUGACCGUACCGAUGAUCAACAACGCCACUUAUUGGCCAGAUCACAACCUUACAGCAUUCCCUUUCUACGCGCGUUCUGGAUUCCCCAUGUCCAUGUUUCCCAUGAAUCAGUUCCUUGUGCCGGUCAGCAACGGGACAGCCGGACAGAUUCCGCAUGUCGUUAUGAUGCCCGCCCUCGGAAGUCUCUACGGCCAACAGGUCCAAGCAGCGGCCAAUCCGCCCCGUUCAGAUUCGCCGUCAUCUUCGUAGUAUUCGUUUUCAUAUUUUUACCACGAUGGCAAAUUAACGCACACCAAAAAAAGAUUUGUGUUGUUUGGAACGUUACGCGUAGUAUCUCUGAUUCCAUAUGUAUUAUGAAAAGAAUCGCUGCCAAAUUGUUUCGUAAAAUAUUGUUUGCAUUGUUUUCCCUUUAUUACCCUGAUACCGUUUUGGCAAAUUUACUUGGCUGUAAACUUGCUGCGCUUCCGUCGACGCAAAAAACCAUUUCAGAAAUUAAACGGUGUUUAAGUAA